CAGACGAGGGGGAAGCCGGGGGGAGCGGGCCUCGGAGCCGAGGGGCCGGCGCGGGGAGGCGGGCGCCAGGCGGGGGUUCGCCCGGCCGCCGCGCGUGACGUAGCGCCGGGCAGGGCGUUAUCAGCUGCGGGGCCGCGGCGGGCGACGCGCGGCGCAGCGGACGGCGCCGCUGGGGCCGGGACGGCUGCAGCCCGCGGGCCACGAGCGCUCCCGGCCGCCGCCCCCGCCGCUGUGUCCCGCCGCCCGGGCGGCAUGAGCCCGCGGCCGCAGGUCUGAGCGCCCCGCUCCUCCGCCCGGACGUCCCGGCCGAGGUGACGGGUGCUCGCGGCGGGGCUGGGGGCCAUGAAGCCGAGUCCGGCCGGGGUGGCGAGGGAGCUGGAGCCGCCGGCGCCGGCCCGGGGCGAGCAGCGCGCGGCGGAGCCCGAGGGGCGCUGGCGGGAGAAGGGCGAGGCGGACACGGAGCGGCAGCGCACCCGCGAGCGGCAGGAGGCCACGCUGGCCGGGCUGGCGGAGCUGGAGUACCUGCGCCAGCGCCAGGAGCUGCUGGUCCGGGGCGCCCUGCGCGGCCCUGGGGGUGCGGGCGCCGCGCCCCGAGCCGGGGAGCAGCCCGGGGAGGCGGCGCAACGCAGCCGCCUGGAGGAGAAGUUCUUGGAGGAGAACAUUUUGCUGCUGCGGAAGCAAUUGAAUUGUUUGAGGAGAAGAGAUGCUGGUUUGUUGAAUCAGUUGCAAGAACUUGACAAGCAGAUAAGUGACCUGAGACUCGAUGUAGAAAAGACAUCUGAAGAGCACCUGGAGACAGACAGCCGGCCCAGCUCAGGGUUUUAUGAGCUGAGUGAUGGGGCUUCAGGAUCCCUUUCCAAUUCCUCUAACUCGGUCUUCAGUGAGUGUUUAUCCAGUUGUCAUUCCAGCACCUGCUUUUGCAGCCCCUUGGAGGCAACCUUGACUAUCUCAGAUAGUUGCCCCAAAUCUGCAGAUCUCAUAGGAUGGUUGGACUAUACAGAAGGCCGCUGUGAAGACCAGGCCUCAGAGGCAGUUUGCUGUUUCCCCUCCACAUCACAAUUUAAUGCCCUUGGUGUCAUUGCAGAUGUGAAUCCCAAGUACCAGUGUGAUCUGGUGUCUAAAAACGGGAAUGAUGUCUAUCGCUAUCCCAGUCCACUUCAUGCUGUGGCCGUGCAGAGCCCAAUGUUCCUCCUCUGCCUGACAGGCAGCCCGCUGAGGGAAGAGGAGAGGCUGGGCAACCCCACCAAUGACAUUUGUGUCGGAUCUGAGCUGGACACCGUCAAGACGGAGGCGUCCUUACCGUCUCCAAGCAGGGUGUGGCCUGCUCCCCAACACUCAUCCAGCAAGAAAAUGGAUGGCUACAUUCUGAGCUUGGUCCAGAAAAAAACACACCCUGUAAGGACCAACAAGCCAAGAACCAGUGUGAACGCGGACCCCACGAAGGGGCUUCUGAGGAAUGGGAGCGUUUGUGUCCGAGUGACUGGGGGCGUCUCCCAGGGCAAUCCUGGGAACCUUAAGAAUUCCAAACAGGCGCCUCUGCCCACCCCCGGAGUUCCCUCUUUGGACCCUGGGACAUUCUCCCCACCGAAGCAAUGGUCAAAAGAAUCGAAGGCAGAGCAACUGGAAAGCAAGAGGGUGCCCUUGCCAGAGGGCUGCUCGCCCGGUGCCGCCCCUGAACUUCAAAGCAAGCAUCCCCCCAAAAAUGCCAAGCUAGCCUCCCAGGAGCACACCCGGGGCCCCGCCACUGUGGCCGGGGAGGCCCCCAAAGAAAGCAGCCACAUCCCAGCGGCCUCUCCAAAAGAGAGCCCCGGGAGAGGCCUCGCCCCGCGGCAAGAGAACAGAGUUGUCCCGCCACUGAAAAAGCCGGCGCAGAAAACCAGCCUGCAGGCGGCCCCUCCGGCUGCGACCCCGCCUGCCCCGCCUGCACCCCCACCCUCAGCCUUCCCCGUGGAAGAGCGGCCUGCCCUGGAUUUCAAAAGCGAGGGCUCUUCUUCUCAAAGCCUGGAAGAGGGGCCCCUGGUGAAGGCGCACUUCGUCCCUGCGCAGCAGCCGGGCGUCAGGGCGCACCGGGGCGCCCGGACCGCAGCUGCCCCCAGGGGCUCCGCCCUGAAGCACAGGGCGCAGGCCCUCCACGGCCCCGACGGCGCCUUGCCCACCGUGAGGGAGAAAACCCGGGCAGCCGGCAAGAAGUGUCGGUUCCCCGACGACCUGGAUACAAAUAAGAAACUCAGGAAGGUCUCCGCCAAAGGGCGGAGGAGUGGGGGCGGCCAUGCCGAGGCGGGUCUUCCCAGCCGGCCGCUGGGGGCUGCACACCGGCCCGGGAGCAGGGCGCACGGCCACGGGCGCGAGGCGGUGGUGGCCAAGCCCAGGCACAAGCGCACCGAUUCGAGGCGGUGGAGGUCGGCCGCCGAGAUCUCCUACGAAGAAGCGCUGCGGCGCGCGCGGCGGGGCCGGCGGGAGGGCGCGGGGCUGUGCGCGGCCGCCGUGGCGCUGCCCUACGCCAGCCCCUACGCCUACGUGGCCAGCGACUCUGAGUACUCGGCCGAGUGCGAGUCCCUCUUCCACUCCACCGUGGUGGACACCAGCGAGGACGAGCAGAGCAACUACACCACCAACUGCUUCGGGGACAGCGAGUCCAGCGUGAGCGAGGGCGAGUUCGCGGGCGAGAGCACCAGCACCAGCGACUCGGAGGAGAGCGGGGGCCUCAUCUGGUCCCAGUUCGUGCAGACGCUCCCCAUUCAGGCGGUCACGGCCCCAGACCUGCACAGCAACCCCACCAAGACCUUUGUCAAAAUUAAGGCCUCCCAUAACCUCAAGAAGAAAAUCCUCCGCUUCCGGUCCGGCUCUUUGAAGCUGAUGACGACCGUGUGAGUGGAUCUUGUCGCGGGGGGAAGGAAAGGUGGCGUCUUAGUAGUGUUGUUGUGUAAUAAUUUCAUGGAAUGUUUUCCCCUCUGUGAAGAUGAAACCGAAGUAAAUUAAUGUCUCUGCUUCAUUAUGUAUGGACACUAGUGCCUUUAAUGGAAGGUGAAGAAUGUCUUGCUGGUUAGAAGUGAAUAUUGAGGUUUUCAGUGGUGGUGAAUAAUGCAUACGUUUUGUGGUAUCAGCUGAUUUCUGUUUUAAAUUUCCUGAGCACCUGUGAUGGUUUCAUUGGGAUGAGACCCUUUGAUCUGAAGGUCAGGUAGAUGGAAUUCUAGGACAUACUUUGGCUUCUUGGUUCUUUAGGGCAGUGUCUCCAGGAGGGCUUUCCUGUCGAGGGGCAUCACAUAAUUGUGUGAAGUAGGUAUGAGGGAGCGUGUUUGUUGUCUGUAAUUUCUUAUACAGUCUACAUUUCUCAGACAGCCAUACAUCCCCAUUCUAUCGUCUCAGAACUGUGUGGUUUACUGGACUCAGAACUUGAAGACCAGACCCUAAAUCCAGAGAGCUAGUGACUUGGAUGGAGAGGCUGGUAAUACCCUUGAAGGGAUUCACUAAACUUGUGCUACACUUGGUGCCUAGGCCCUUGUUAGGGUAAGCAUUUUUAGGGCUGUUUAUCCAACAUUUUGAUGCCUUUUUCCUCCCUAAUUUGCAGCAAAUCCAGCCAUUCCUCCCCCGGAGGACUUGCCUUUGGGAUAAAGUUUUGGUCCGUGGGUACAGAGGAAUUCACUCCUAAUGAAAUAACCUUGGGCGUGACUCCAAGCCCACAAUUGCUCACUGAGCACUGUGCCACCUCCGCCUUGGCCCACACGUGCUAGAGCAAUCCAGUCCAGAUUGGACCACUGACCCUGUCUGGAAGGAAGGGCUUUUUUUAAAAAGAAGAAUUGUUUUUGGUAAACAGUAUUGUGUAAAAUUGCUUUUUUUAUACCGAUACAAGCAUGUUUUGUGCAUGAGUAGUAUUUGUUUUGGUAUUCCUGUUGAUGUUAAAUUACUGUGUGAUAUAAACAGUAUGUGUUUUUAUAUAUCAUUGUGUAAAUUUAAUAUAACAUUAUAUGCUGUAAUAAAUGAUUUGUUUUACUGCUGUUAAGUUUGUUAUUUGGGCAUAAAACCAGAUGUUUACACCUAUAACUCUUGUACUGAUUAUUGUGGGAUUUAUAUUGGGCCCAGUCUAGCAUUAGAAUAUUAUUUGCAAUAAUUAAGGCAGGUUUUAGUACUUUUUUUUCAAAUGGAUGGUAAUAAGGAGGGAAAGCAAACCACUUCUUUAAAACAGUUAAGGUACUUCUUUAAGAUUUAAGGUAAAUUUGAUAGAUAUGGUUUAAGGAAAAUAUUUCUUAGAAUUCCCUCCAACUUUUUACUAUAAAAUAUUUAUAACAUGGAAACAUUGAAAGGAUAGUACAAUAAACAUUUGUAUAGAGAACACCUAAAUUCAAUAAUUGCUAAUAUUAUGCUGUUCUUGCUUUAACUCUCUAUAUGUAUUUAUUAGGUUUAGCCAUACUGCUGGUUUUGAAGGUCAAAGACAGAUUUUGGCCAUCUUUCCUCACCACACAGCUGUACUAUUUUAAAGUAAAUAUCAGGCAUCAUGAUAUUUCAUUUCUAAAAACUCAAGCAUUUAUUUCCUAAGAAUGAAAGAUUCUCUUAUAAAACUACAAUAUGAUCACACAAACACAAGGAAAAUUGUCAGUAAUUCCUAAUACCAAGUACUGUUUUUGUUUCAAGAAUUUUUUUUAAAUCUUCACCCAAGGAUAUGUUUUUUUAUUGAUUUUGAGCGAGAGAGAGAGAGAGAGAGAGAGAGAGAGAGAGAAACAUUGAUCAGUUGCCUCCCAUACGCCCCCAGACUGGGGAUUUUGCUCACCCAGACCAGAGAUCAAACCUGCUAGGUGUGUUCCUGCACCAGGAAUCAGACCUGCAAUCUUUUUGGUGUACAGGAGGACGAACAAACCAACUGAGCCACCUGGCUGGGCUUGAGAAUUUUUAAUAGCCCCUUCUCCCUUUUCCCCAAUGAGGAUUCAGUCAAUGUUAUUCAUUGUAUUUGGUUGUAGAUCUCUAGUCUUUUAUUCUAGAACUAGAGGCCUGGAGCACUAGAUUCGUGCACUGGUGGGGGGCAUGGCCUGUGGGGAUCAGCUGCUGCGGGAGCAACCACUCAUCCUAGUCAGCUAAGCCACACUCCCACUGUGGGAGCGCACUGACCACCAGGGGGCAGCUUUUGUGUUGAGCGACUUACCCCUCGUGGUCAGUGUGAGUCAUAUGACUAGUUGAUCCGUCUUCUGGUUGUUCCACCCUUAGGUCGCUGGGCUUUUAUUAUAUAGGAUAAUCUUUUUUAAAAAUGACAUUGGGUUUUAAAGUCAGGACACUUAUCUUGUAGAAGGUCCCACAUUCUGGAUUUGGUUGUUUCUUUAUGUUGUCCUAACAUCUAGUCCUUCUGUGUCCUGUAAAUUGUGUAAAGCUUGAUUGGAUUCAGUUUAACCAUUCUUAGCAAGAAGAUUUUACUAAUGAUCUUGUGCACUUAUGUUGCUUUACAUCAAAGAACAUAAUAUCAGGUUGCCCUACUAUUACUGAAUUUAAGAGUGGUCCCUGCCCUGACGGGUGUGGUUCAGUUGGUUGAAGUGUCAUCCUGUGCACCAGAGGUUCAGUUCCAGUUGGGGCAUAUACCCAGGUUAUGGGUUCAAUCCCCGGUCAAGGCCCUUAUAAGAUGUUUCUCUUCCCACUCUCCAAAAUCAAUUUUUAAAAGAGGGAAAAAGACCUUUAAAAGAAUAAGGAUGAUCCUUUGGCUAAAUUGGUAAGUAGAAAUUUCUUCACUAUAAAGUUUGGUUUUCUUCCUCUUUGCAAAUGUUUGGUAUUUGUGGGUGAUUAUUUGGUGCUGUGUGGAUACCCUAUUUUUCACAAAGGGCUGUAGAUAUAUUGCUGAUCUUGCCUGAUUCAGUUACUGCCUAAUGAAUGCAAAAUGGUAGCUUUUCUAAGUAUCUUUCCUACUUUUAUUAACUGACAUUCUACAAAAAAAAGAGCUUUUCUUGUUAUAUUCCUUUUCUUUUGAAUAUCACUAUGGACUUACGGAUUUUUGUUCAUUUGAUGCCUUACAAUCACCUAUAGUAUUGUUCUUUUUUGCUCAACAUGUCUGAAAUUUGGCAGUAGGAGGACAAAUUUUGUUAAAAGUAAUUUGUAGAUCAGCUCAAUCUCAUAUUUCAUAUAUUUAUGAUGAUGUGUACUCAAGAUGAAAUUUUCAAAUGCAAAUUUAAAUACAAUACAAAUCUCUUAACUACCCAUUUAUUAAUUCUUCCCUGGAAAAUUUCUUUUCCUAUACUUUAUAGAAUCUCUUAUCUCCAAGAAGGCUUUUACCUGUAGAACACCGCAAAUUAGUUCCUUAUUGCUUAUAAAGGUAAGACUUUUUUUCCCAACAAGACAUCCUUUUUUCAAUUAGGCAUCUUUUUACCAAGACAUCUCAGACAACUCAGUUCUUCAAAAUAUUGUAGAGUUGUGAUUUUUUAGUAUUUAUAUGUUUUAUAUGCAAUCAGUCAUCCUGCUUCAACUAGAAUUUAUUUGAUUACCUGAUUAAAUCUAAGCCAAGUGCAAGUGAGGCAUGAUCUCACCAUCUUUUCUAGUUCUGUGAUCCAAUCUCUUUGGGGGCAGGCUAUAAAGUGUAUUGUGUAAGGCAACUGUGACCUGCAGUCAGUUCUUGAAUCAUUUCCAAGUUGUUUCCAAAGAGCAUUAUUCUCAGAAGGGGAAGCUUUCUGAAAACCAGCUUCUGAAUAAUUACAUUUUAGGUGACAGAAUGCCAAAUGAAGAGAAGCGUGAAAAACAGGAUUUUUUUUUCAAAGAAUGCAGGGUUUGUCCUUUUCUGUCUAUGGCUUGACUUCCCGGUAGCUAACAGUUGUGCUGCACUUGGAAAUUUGGGUUUUGUCCAUUAUUUUCAAUGACAAAUAGCUGCCAUUAUUCUUACAAACAAAAGAGCUCUUUAAAAUAUUUCCCUUUAUUUAAAUAAACCAGUUUAAAUAAAUUACAAAUGCUCAUUGUCAAAAAGAAAAAAUAGAUUUGAACAACGCACAGGUGUUUAAACUCCUUUUGCUUCAUCCUCCUUAAAUUCUACUCUUCAGGAAGUUUGGUGUAUAUGUUUCCAUACUCUUUUAUAUGCACAUAAAAAUAUAUGGCCUUUGCAUUUUUUCCUUCAAAAUGAAGACUCAAUCUACAUAUAUUCUGUAACUUGCUUUCUUCAUUCCAUGGACCUGUAUAGUGGGUAUAAUUCCCAAUUCUCUUUAAUGGGGUUCCAAGUCUUUCCUCCUUGAGAAAAAAGGUACCGAAUUUUAUGGGCUACUUACUUGCCUUGCUUACAAAAAUUCUAGUAUUUAACAACAACAAAAGUGUUACCCAAGUGCUAUCCAUUUGCACACAUAUUGCCUUUCCAGUUUUCUUACGUGUUUUGUUACUUUCUUUGUAUUAAGAGUCCACUUUAAGUGGGAUAUUAUUGUCAGAAUCCUGUGAGGCUUGCCUAAGGAUUUCGCCAUACCGAGAAGCUUAUUUGUUUCUGCCAGGUGCCUCAAGGGGAUCUCCAGGUUGGACCACCUUUUAAGUUAAUUUAUCUACUUUAGGUUUAUCUGACUACAGAGGUAGUAGAAAUUCAAAUCCUAAACCCACACGAGGAUAGGCUUUGGUUACAUGUUUUCAGAGGAGAUCAUUUCCAAGGCAGAAGAGCUUCCUUAUUUUCAUCCUGGGCCAGCAAGUGAAUUUUUUUCCUGGACUAACCUUCCGCUGAGGGUGUAGCCCUUCACUGCUCUCGGCAAUGUGGGAGUCUCAGUCCAGAUCCUACCCUGUGAAGGCCAAGUCCUUGUCCCCUGAGUGCCUGUUGACGGCAAAGCGCCUAGCUUAAGGAAGGAACCAGCAACCUCUCCUCCUACUCUCCAAGGGUGGGCCAAACUUGGAUGCCUUUCUUUCCAGUGGAGUCAAUGUACACUUAAGAGAACGUUUGCUAAUAGUUUAUCCACCAUUCCUAACUAUUUUACAGUGAGAUGAUUUAUCCAGUUCACCAUAUGACUGGAAACAGACACCAUACAGCUACCCAUUGCCUUUGCCAGUAAACUGGAUUCUCCUUUCCCCCUUGUAUUCUUGGUACAAUUUUAUUGAGAUACAAUAAAAUGCACAUAUUUAAACUGUACAAUUUGAUCUGUUUUGACAUGCAUACACCUGUGUAACCACCACAAUCAAGAUAACAUUUUCAUCAUUAUCGAAAGUUUUCUUGAGACUCUUUGUAAUCCAUCUCUCCUCUACUCCAUUUUCCCCGUCCAUCAUGGAUCUGCUUUCUGUCACUAUAGAUUAUUUUGUAUUUUCUAUUAUUCUGUUUAAAUGGAAUUAAACAGUGUGUGCUGUUUUUGCUUGAAUUUUUUAUUCUCCAUAUUGAUGUUUAGGUUUGUCCAUGUUGUUUAAUGUCUCAAACGUUCAUCUCUUUAUUGCUGAGUAAUAUCCCUUUGUAUAGAUAUAUAUAACAAUUUGUUUAUCCUAUUCACUUGUUGAUGGCCAUUUGGGUUAUUUCCAGCUUGGGGCUAUUACAAAUAAAACUGUGAAGAACCUUCA